CUGGAAAAGAUAUGAAAACUUAUGCCAGUAGCCUCUUAACAAAUGAUGAUAGAAGUGACAGUAAUUUGAACCCAUGUAUAACUUCCCCUACCAAUGUUAACGCUGGAGGACAACGUUUUAUAUGUAUCAUUUGCAAGAAACCAUUAUCAAACAAUUAUGGUUUAAAACUACAUAUGAGGAUACACACUGGGGAUAAACCAUUUGCAUGUGAAAUUUGCGCCAAACAGUUUUCAAGAAAGGAUAAGUUAAAAAUUCAUAUGACAGUGCAUACUGGCGAAAAAGAAAAACCAUUUGAAUGUGAAAUUUGCACCAAACAGUUUUCAACACAGGUUAAUUUAAAAUCACAUAUAAUAGUGCAUACUGGUGAAAAACCAUUUAAAUGUGAAAUUUGCACAAAACAGUUUUUAACAAAGGGUAAUUUAAAAUCACAUAUAAUAGUGCAUACUGGUGAAAAACCAUUUGAAUGUGGAAUUUGCACCAAACAGUUUUCAACAAAGGCAUGUUUAUUAACACAUAUGAAGUUGCAUACCGGUGAAAAACCAUUUGCAUGUGAAAUUUGCACCAAACAGUUUUCCAGAAAGGAUAAGUUAAAAAUUCAUAUGACAGUGCAUACUGGCGAAAAAGAAAAACCAUUUGAAUGUGAAAUUUGCACCAAACAGUUUUCAACAAAGGGUAAUUUAAAAGUACAUAUGACAGUUCAUACGGGUGAAAAACCAUUUAAAUGUGGAAUUUGCACCAAACAGUUUUCAACACAGGUUAAUUUAAAAUCACAUAUAAUAGUGCAUACUGGUGAAAAACCAUUUAAAUGUGAAAUUUGCACCAAACAGUUUUCAACAAAGAGUAAUUUAAAAUCACAUAAUAUAGUGCAUACUGGUGAAAAACCAUUUGAAUGUGGAAUUUGCACCAAACAGUUUUCAACAAAGGCAUCUUUAUUAACACAUAUGAAGUUGCAUACCGGUGAAAAACCAUUUGCAUGUGAAAUUUGCACCAAACAGUUUUCCAGAAAGGAUAAGUUAAAAAUUCAUAUGACAGUGCAUACUGAGGAAAAAGGAAAACCAUUUGAAUGUGAAAUUUGCACCAAAAAGUUUUCAACAAAGGGUAAUUUAAAAGUACAUAUGGCAGUUCAUACGAGUGAAAAACCAUUUAAAUGUGAAAUUUGCACCAAACAGUUUUCAACAAAGGGUAAUUUAAAAUCACAUAUAAUAGUGCAUAUUGGUGAAAAACCAUUUAAAUGUGAAAUUUGCACCAAACAGUUUUCAACAAAGGGUAAUUUAAAAUCACAUAUAAUAGUGCAUACUGGUGAAAAACCAUCUGAAUGUGGAAUGUGCACCAAACAGUUUUCAACAAAGACAUGUUUAACAACACAUAUGAAGUUGGAUACCGGUGAAAAACCAUUUGAAUGUGGAAUUUGCACCAAACAGUUUUCAACAAAGACAACUUUAUCAACACAUAUGAAGUUGCAUACCGGUGAAAAACCAUUUGAAUGUAAAAUUUGUACCAAACAGUUUGCAACAAAAGGUCUUUUAAAAUCGCAUACGAGAAUGCAUACUGGAGAAAAACCAUUUGAAUGUGAAAUUUGCACCAAACGGUUUUCAAUAAAGGGUGGUUUAAAAGCACAUAUGAGAGUGCAUACUGGUGAAAAACCAUUUGAAUGUGGAAUUUGCACCAAACAAUUUUCAACAAAAACAAGUUUAACAAUACAUAUUAUGAAAGUGCAUACUGGUGAAAAUCCAUUUGGAUGUGAAAUUUGCGGAAAAAAGUUUUUAACGGAGAGUAGAUUAAAAGUACAUCUGAUAGUGCAUAGCGGUGAAAAACCAUUCGAAUGCGGAAUAUGCACCAAACGGUUUUCAAGUAAAUCGCAUUUAAAAUCGCAUAUGAUAGUGCAUACGGGUGAAACACCAUAUAGAUGUAAAAUAUGUAGCAAACCGUUUCCCACAAAAUGUAAUUUAAAACGACAUAUGACAGUGCAUAUUAAAGUAAAACCAUUUGGAUGUGCAAUAUGCAGCAAACAAUUUUCAAUAAAGGAUAGUUUAAAAAAACAUAUGACAGUGCAUAUUGAUAAAAACCCAUUUCAAUGUGAGAUUUGCACCAAACAGUUUUCAUCAAAGAGUUAUUUAACAUUACAUAUGAAAUUGCAUACUGAUGAAAAAUCAUUUGAAUGUGAAAUUUGCACCAAACAGUUUUCAACAAAACAAGUUUUAAAAUUUCAUAUGAGAGUGCAUACUGGUGAAAAACCAUUUGAAUGUGAAAUUUGCGCCAAGGAGUAUUCAACGGAACAACUUUUAAAAUCGCAUAAGAGAGUGCAUACUGGUGAAAAACCAUUUAAAUGUGAAAUUUGCGCCAAACAGUUUUCAUCAAAGAGUUAUUUAACGUCACAUAUGAAAGUGCAUACUGAUGAAAAAGCAUUUGAAUGUGACAUUUGCACCAAACAGUGUACAUCAAAGACUAAUUUAACAUUACAUAUGAAAUUGCAUACUGAUGAAAAAACAUUUGAAUGUGAAAUUUGCAACAAACAGUUUUCAAUGAAAUUAUAUUUAAAAUCGCACAUGAGAGUGCAUGAAAAACCAUUUCGGUGUGAAAUUUGCACCAAACAAUUUUCAACGAAACCACUUUUAAAAACACAUAUUAUGAGAGUGCAUACUGGUGAAAAACCAUUUGAAUGUGAAAUUUGCACCAAACAGUUUUUAAUUAAACCACUUUUAAAAAUGCAUAUGAGAGUGCAUACUGGUGAAAAACCAUUUAAAUGUGAAAUUUGCGCCAAAAAAUUUUCAACAAGGAAUAAUUUAAAAGCACAUUUGGCAGUGCAUUCUGGUGAAAAAGAAUUUAAAUGUGAAAUUUGCAGCAAACAAUUUUCAACGAAACAAACUUUAAAUACGCAUAUGAGAGUGCAUACGGGUGAGAGACCAUUUGAAUGUGAAAUUUGCAACAAACAGUUUUCAUCAAAGAAUAAUUUAAUAGGACAUAUAUUAGUGCAUUCUGGUGAAAAACCAUUUAAAUGUGAAAUUUGCGCCAAAAAAUUUUCAACAAAGAAUAAUUUAAAAGCACAUAUGGCAGUGCAUUCUGGUGAAAAAGAAUUUAAAUGUGAAAUUUGCAACAAACAAUUUUCAACGAAACAAAAUUUAAAUACGCAUAUGAGAGUGCAUACGGGUGAGAGACCAUUUGAAUGUGAAAUUUGCAACAAACAGUUUUCAUCAAAGAGUAAUUUAAUAGGACAUAUAUUAGUGCAUUCUGGUGAAAAACCAUUUAAAUGUGAAAUCUGCACCAAACAAUUUUUAAGAAAGAGGUAUUUAAAACGACACAUGAGAGUGCAUACUGGUUAAAAACUAUUUAAAUGUGAAAUUUGCACAAAACAGUUCUUACUAAAAGGAAAUUUAACAAUGCAUAUGAACGUACAUACUGGCGAAAAACGAUUUAAAUGUACAUGGAACAGUUUUCAGCAAAUAUUAAUGUAAAACGACAUGUUAGGACAGUGCAUACUAAUGAAAAACCAUUUAUAGAUGAUCCCAAACCCUUUUUUCAGUGCGUCACAGAUUAUCGAAUUCUCUCUAACGCAUUACGCCAAUUACACACACAUCGUUUUUUAACGGGCGAUUUUUAUCGUGAAACGUACCAAAUUCCAAUAGUGAACCAUAUGCGGAAUAGCACAUUUCACACACGCCACCGCUGAAUCAGUGACGAUAAAUAUCGUUCAGCAGCCGGUCACUGCCACGGUAUUCGCCGGCACUAGUGGCUUACUUGACUCAAUAUAGCCUUACACACGCAUAAGCUCUAUUCGCGCUGGACAUCCUGAACGUACCCAGAGGGAGAAUACCUGCGCAUUGCAAAACUGAGCGUUCGCGGAGGUCGAAUAUUUCCCUCGUGAACACCCUCCGGAUUUUAAUUCGGUGUUCGCACAGUACAGAAAAAAGACCGUAAACGUGUCCGGGAUACCUUCUCAACGUUCGAGGAUUUUGUUUCGGAUUUUAAGUUCGCACAGACUCACAAAAUAUUUCGGAAGAAUUUCUUAGCAUUAUGUUCUUAUUCCGUCCAAUUCUUAACCUAAAAUAUUGUUACACAACUUGUAGAUGUAGAUUCUGGUUUUUAAAGUUUUGAAAUUAUGUAAAGUGUUGUAUUAGUAUGGUAUAACUAGAUCCAAACCCAGACAUCCAAAGUGAAAGUUAUCCUCCAACACCAAAUUGUUCUAUAUGGUCCACAUAAUGUUCAGAAAAAAGUCACACCAUUGUGAGCGUCGGGUUUGGGGGAGAGGGGGGAGAAAUUGGUAAAUUCGUAGUUUU